CUAUUGUCUUCUUUAAUCUGAAUUUUAUCUAACUAAUUUUUAUCUGGUACAUCUGUCAAGCAAGCCAGAGUUUAUCUUCUUGACACCAUGCAUUUUGAGGAUGCAUUUGGACUGAAGUGGAGAAGGAAAUGCUAGCUCUAGGCAGCAGAUUGCAAGUGCCUUCGAGUAUAAGUAUGGUGCCUCUACUUUCAGUGGAGGAAGUGGAGAACAUGGAUUCAAGGAUCCAGUUUGGCACACCAUGUUUGAGAAGGAUAAGAGAAAACUUAUUUAGCAUAUUGACUCCUCAGAUGUUGUUCUCCAAGUCAGUCCAUUUUCUUUUAUUGCCUAAGGACUCAACAGAAGUUGCAUUCAAUAUUUUUCCUUUUGCCCUCGUCCUUUAAUACACCAGUUGCAAAUUUAGCGCUACCAUCAGGGAAAAAUAGGAUGAUAUGUCAUUUCUGCUAUUUAUCUGCAAGAAGUGUCAAACAUUUUUCUAUUUCGUAAAUCCUUAUCAGUUUUGGUUUCUUUAUUUUACUAUGAUUAAUGCAUAGCUGUUGCUCUCCUUCAAAUGUGAAGAGGAUUGAAAAGAAUUCUUGUGUCAAUCCAUUCUUUAUUUAUAUUUCUUUUUACAGGUUUUGGAUGCUACAUGUUAGGGACCUACAAGGUACAAGAUGCCUUCAUCUAGAAAAGCAUUUGAAAGAAAACUGCAAGCAUAAACACAUGAUUCUUCUGUUAAACAAGUUCAGUCUCAUUUUCUAGUUGUAUUUAUAAGGCUGCGACUGCUUGUGAACACUUGUAGUUCUCCCUUUUCACUGUGAGAUGGUUUACGCCUGGGCUACAAAGGGAUGGCUUAGAAUAUUAUGAAAGCAUUUCAUGCUUGCAUCAAUAGGUCUUUUUGCAAGGUAAGUAAUACAUUUCACUCACUCUC